CAAGGGUGAGAGAGUCAGAGCCACACGGAGCCAGAGAGAGAGAGAGAGUGGAGUUAAUGGAGAGAGCUACAACUGCGCACAAACACAGAUUUGAUCAGUGAGUUUAACUUGCUGGUGCUGGUCAGUGCGCAGCGAUCGAGCCGUGCGCCCUCGACUCAAACCUCCACUACUUGUUGAGCCGGGCUCACUCACUGACGAGGAAGAAGUUCAGGAACUGUGCGUCAGGCUGCUGGAUUCCAUUUUGGACGUAUUUAUAUGACAACACCUUUGUUGCAUUUGUAAUGUGGGGUGAACAGAAGCGAGCGCGGAACCUGUGGAUUUAACGAGAAUAAAAACGGAUUUGGGACAGACUCUUUCUUCUCUUGUGACGUGCACCGGUUUGCUUCGGCGUGCAUGAACAUUUUCUGAAGAAAAACCAAACAGAACAGAACAAAACAAAAAGCAAAGCGAUGGAAGUAAGUGCAGAUCAGCCUCGCUGGAUGAGCCAUCACCCAGCGGUGUUGAACGAGCAGCAUCCCGGCUCACAUCACCCGGGCCUCGGCCACUCAUACAUGGACCCUUCGCAGUAUCAACUCGCUGACGAUGUGGAUGUACUGUUUAAUAUCGAUGGACAGGGGAACCACGUCUCUCCAUACUAUGGAAACUCUGUCCGAGCCGUCCAGAGGUACCCUCCUCCUCCCCACAGUAGCCAGGUGUGCCGUCCCUCGUUACUGCACGGCUCUCUGCCCUGGCUGGAGGGGAGCAAAGGCAUCGCCCCGCACCACAGCACUUCUCCCUGGAACCUGAGCCCCUUCCCCAAGAACCCCCUGCACCACGGAUCCCCGGCCAGCCUGUCCGUCUACCCCCCGGCCUCCUCCUCCUCCCUGUCCACCGGCCACUCCAGUCCGCACCUCUUCACGUUUCCCCCGACCCCACCGAAAGACGUGUCCCCGGACCCGGGCAUAUCCACCCCGGGCAGCAGCUCCGGGCGGCAGGAGGACAAAGAGUGCAUAAAGUACCAGGUGACCCUGGCCGAGAGUAUGAAACUGGAGUCAGCCCACAGCCGGAGCGUGGCAUCAAUCGGAGCAGGGUCAGCCUCUGCCCACCAUCACCCCAUCGCCACAUACCCACAAUAUGUCCCCGAAUACGGCCCAGGCCUCUUCCCACCAAGUAGCCUGAUAGAGGGCAGAGAGUGUGUGAACUGCGGGGCCACGUCGACCCCCCUGUGGAGGCGGGACGGUACGGGUCACUAUCUGUGUAACGCCUGCGGACUCUAUCACAAGAUGAACGGGCAGAAUCGCCCUCUCAUCAAGCCCAAGCGGCGGCUGUCUGCAGCCAGGCGGGCAGGGACGUCAUGUGCAAACUGUCAAACGACAACGACGACGCUGUGGCGGAGAAACGCCAACGGGGACCCGGUGUGCAACGCCUGCGGCCUCUACUUCAAACUGCACAAUAUCAACCGACCUCUGACCAUGAAGAAGGAAGGCAUCCAGACCAGGAACAGGAAGAUGUCCAGCAAGUCCAAGAAGAGCAAAAAGUCCCAAGACACCAUGGACGACUUCUCCAAGAGCCUGAUGGACAAGAGUAGCUCCUUCAGCCCGGCCGCCCUCUCCCGCCACAUGUCGUCCUUCCCGCCCUUCUCGCACUCCGGCCACAUGCUGAGCACCCCCACACCCAUGCACCCUUCCUCCGGCCUCCCAUUCGCCCCCCACCACCCCUCCAGUAUGGUCACAGCCAUGGGUUAGACGGACCGGCGCUUCACUUCGCCGCCCCCGAACCCUCGGCCUCGCCACCCCCCCCACCCCCCGACCCCUCGGUACCUCUGCUGACCUGCUUCCACAUCCUCAAAGACAAACGAACUGCUCCACCUAAGCUCCCCUGUCUCACCGCCGAGCGAGAGCGACAGGCUUUAGGCUCCUUUGCCCUCAGUUGUAUCUUAUUUUUAUAAAAAUCAAAGCGAUGUGAAUUCUUUGCAGACUUGACUUGACUGUGGCGCACCGACCUCCAGGGGGAAGAUUUUUUUUUUUUUCCACCAACCAGGGGGAGAAAGAACAAUCUCUCCCCGAGUUGCCGCCGCUGCCGCCGCCGCCACCACACCGAGGCUUUCCUCCCAGCUGAUCCACUCGAUGAGGAGCUCCAUUUGUGUACAAAAAGCCAUUUUUCCACACUCAGACGUCACAGAAACUGACAUUACAAGGACUUUUUCGACGCCCUCUUCCCUUAAUUUCCAAACCCGCCUCUCCUCACCUUGCACCUGUGUAACAGGAAUCCCCGCUCCCCUUCCUCUUCUUCUUCCUCUGCUGAAGACGAGGAGAGACAGACAUUGAAUAUAUUUGUACAAAUUGUAUGAAAUACAGUACAUUUAAUGAAGACUUUUUAAUUAAGUAAGAAAAAAAGGAAAUUUGCCUGUGGGCAGCUAACGACGAGAAGGGUACGAGUCACAGCAGGUGGAGAGACUUUGCCGCCGGAGGAGAGAGGAGAGGAGAGGACGCCUCUGAGUCCUGGAGGAGAACAGGAGGAGGAGGUUAGAAGACGAGCGGGAGAGACUUCAGAGAAAGGGCAGGCCUCGGUUUUUGCCUGCGUGAAUUGUGUUGCAUUAAGUUUGCAGAGAGUCAGCAGCUCUGGCUGCAGGCGUCUCUCUCUUUUUUUUUUUUUUUGGAUGUGCUAUAGGUCUCGGGCAAUUGGUUUGUGUUGAUGCGUGCACAUACACACACACACAGACACACACACACAUGCACACACACACAUACACACACACUUGAUCACCUGAAAGACUUUCUUCCUGCCCACAGAUUAUAUGCAUUGUGAAAAAAGUUCCUGUAUUUGUUAUUUGUAUGUAUAAAUCAGAGUACCAAAAAUACGAAAGAAACAAAGAUGUAGAAUUAUUUCCUUAUGUUAUGCAGACUGAAUGGUUGUAAAAAUUUAAUAAUAAUCACUAGUGUAAAAUAUGACUGCUUUUUGUUUCGUAUUUUUUUUCCCUCUUUGAAAAUAAUAAACUAGUUUAAUCUCUGUUGAC